UUUAUCUGCAUUUUUUUUCACAUAUUGCCCUUGCAUUUUAAUUUGUUACAUUUAAUUCACUUAGCCAUGUACUGGUAUUGAACACAAAUAAUCUCAGUAGUGUUUUCACAUAUUUAGCUUAGGGUUUUCUCAAAUUACUAAAUACUUAUUUCUUUAUCCCAGUGCUUACCCCAGAGUGAAGAGAAGGGCAUGUUGGCAUGUAUAUGGACUGUUGCAGCGUUCUGAUAAGAAAUACGAUGAAGCUAUAAAAUGUUACCGAAAUGCCCUCAAAUUAGAUAAAGAUAACCUGCAAAUUUUGAGGGAUCUCUCACUGUUGCAGAUCCAAAUGAGAGACCUUGAAGGUUACCGAGAGACAAGAUACCAGCUUCUUCAGUUGCGCCCCACACAGCGUGCUUCGUGGAUUGGAUAUGCUAUUGCAUACCAUUUGCUGAAAGAUUAUGAUAUGGCCCUAAAACUGUUGGAAGAAUUUAGACAAACUCAGCAAGUUCCUCCAAACAAAAUAGAUUAUGAAUAUAGUGAACUGAUACUAUACCAGAAUCAAGUGAUGAGAGAGGCAGAUCUAUUUCAAGAAUCUUUGGAACAUAUAGAAACAUAUGAGAAACAAAUAUGUGAUAAACUUUUGGUGGAAGAAAUUAAAGGGGAAAUACUGUUGAAAUUGGGAAGAUUAAAAGAAGCCAGUGAAGUGUUCAAAAACUUGAUUGAUCGGAAUGCAGAAAAUUGGUGUUAUUAUGAAGGCUUGGAAAAAGCUCUACAAAUUAGCACUUUGGAAGAGAGGCUUCAAAUUUAUGAAGAAAUUAGUAAGCAGCACCCCAAAGCAAUUACACCCAGAAGAUUACCUUUGACUCUUGUCCCAGGUGAAAGAUUUAGAGAACUAAUGGAUAAGUUCCUGAGGGUUAACUUCAGUAAAGGAUGCCCACCCUUGUUUACUACUUUGAAAUCUUUAUAUUACAAUACAGAAAAGGUUUCUAUAAUCCAGGAACUUGUUACUAAUUAUGAAGCCUCUCUUAAAACGUGUGACUUUUUUAGCCCAUAUGAGGAUGGGGAGAAGGAACCCCCGACAACACUACUUUGGGUUCAGUAUUUCCUGGCACAGCACUUUGAUAAACUUGGACAGUAUUCUCUGGCUUUGGAUUAUAUUAAUGCUGCAAUUGCUAGUACUCCAACUCUAAUAGAAUUAUUCUAUAUGAAGGCAAAAAUUUACAAGCAUAUAGGUAAUCUCAGAGAAGCUGCAAAGUGGAUGGAUGAAGCACAGUCUUUGGACACAGCUGAUAGAUUCAUCAAUUCCAAAUGUGCAAAAUACAUGCUUCGAGCAAAUAUGAUAAAAGAAGCAGAGGAAAUGUGCUCCAAGUUCACAAGGGAAGGGACAUCUGCCAUGGAAAAUCUAAAUGAAAUGCAGUGUAUGUGGUUUCAGACAGAAUGCAUUUCAGCUUAUCAGCGUCUGGGGAGAUACGGGGAUGCCUUGAAAAAAUGUCAUGAAGUAGAAAGGCAUUUUUUUGAGAUAACCGAUGACCAAUUCGACUUCCAUACAUACUGCAUGAGAAAGAUGACCCUUCGUGCCUAUGUUGACCUUUUGAGAUUAGAAGAUAUACUCAGAAGACAUGCCUUUUAUUUCAAGGCUGCUAGAUCAGCGAUUGAAAUAUACUUGAAAUUGUAUGAUAAUCCCUUAACCAAUGAAAGCAAACAACAAGAAAUAAACUCAGAAAACCUGUCAGCCAAAGAAUUGAAGAAAAUGCUUAGCAAGCAGAGAAGAGCCCAGAAAAAGGCUAAGCUAGAAGAAGAAAGAAAGCAUGCAGAAAGAGAACGUCAACAGAAAAAUCAAAAGAAAAAAAGAGAUGAAGAAGAAGAAGAAGCCAGUGGCCUUAAGGAAGAACUUAUACCUGAAAAAUUAGAAAGGGUAGAAAAUCCAUUAGAGGAAGCCGUUAAGUUCCUUAUACCUCUUAAGAACCUUGUUGCUGAUAACAUUGACACUCAUCUGUUAGCAUUUGAAAUAUAUUUUAGAAAAGGCAAGUUUCUGUUAAUGCUGCAGUCUGUCAAACGAGCUUUUGCCAUUAACAGUAAUAACCCGUGGUUACAUGAAUGUUUAAUUAGAUUUUCUAAAUCUGUGUCUAAUCAUAGUAAUCUUCCAGACAUUGUGAGCCAAGUUCUAUCUCAAGAAAUGCAGAAAAUAUUUGUCAACAAGGAUUUGGAAAGUUUUAAUGAGGAUUUUCUGAAACAUAAUGCUACCUCUCUUCAGCAUCUACUUUCAGGUGCUAAAAUGAUGUAUUUUCUGGACAAGUCAAGGCAAGAGAAAGCAAUUGCUAUAGCCACUAGACUGGAUGAAACUAUAAAAGAUAAAAAUGUAAAGACAUUAAUAAAGGUUUCUGAAGCACUGCUUGAUGGCAGCUUUGGGAACUGUAGUUCCCAAUAUGAAGAAUAUAGGAUGGCCUGUCAUAACCUGCUUCCUUUUACAUCUGCCUUCUUGCCUGCUGUGAAUGAAGUUGACAAUCCUAAUGUGGCACUGAACCAUACAGCUAAUUAUGAUGUCUUGGCAAAUGAAAUUUGAAAUCUCCUAGAAGGUAGACACCUAUAGACUCAAAGCUGAAUUGAGAUCAGGGUUUCUUUUCCAGGGUGCAUUUUAAUACAUGUAUGAAAUGAAAUAUUUGGUUAGGAUUUUUAAAUGGCAUAUUCUGUAAGCUUAUUUUAUUCUUUACCUGACCUGCCAAUUUACACAACCAUCUGUUAAAAUUACCUGUUUGUUCUUACACAGUUUUGUGGUAGCUGUCGCUUCUAUAUGAUAAUUUCUUACUAAGCUAAGUUGUAUACAACCCCACUGUAUUAUUUUCUUUAGAUUCUGAUUUCAGGAUCUGUGCUUUGAUUCCUCAUCUGUUUGUUUUAUUAUUUGCUUGCUUUUUAAUUAAAGUGCAUCAGUUUUAAAGUGUUAACUAUAUGUUAAAAACAAUAUGGAGGCUGGCUCACACCUGUAAUCCCAGCACUUUGGGAGGCCCAGAUCGGCAGAUCACCUGAGGUCAGAAGAUCGAGAUCAGCCUGGCCAACAUGGUGAAACCCCUUCUCUGCUGAAACUACAAAAAUUUAGCCAGACGUGGUGGCACGCACCUGUAAUCCCAGCUACUCAGGAGCUGAGGCAGGAGAAUCGCUUGAACCUGGGAGGUGGAGGUUGCAGUGAGCCGAGAUCACGCCACUGCACUCCAGCAUGGGCAACAGAGCAAGACUCCAUCUCAUAAAAAAGGAAUUCUUCUUGGCAGAUACUGAAGUUUAUUUUAAAAUUUAAUUCGCCCUUUUUUUCAUUGUAAUAUUUCGUGGUUUACUAUUUCCUUUGUAGUAUUCAUAAAAAUUGUAUUUUCUGGUUGAAUAGGGGUACUCUAGUUUUAUGUAGAUGAUUUCAGAAUGUGAAGGCUGUUUUGCCUGUCAGUCAUGGAAAUUCACUGGUAAAACUGUUGCAUCUCUCUCCCAGUCUUAAAAGCCCACAGGCAAGAAUUAAUGCUUUCUUAACUAAGUUACUUCAGUGUUAACAAGUAGCUUAUACUGAGGUAUGCUUCAGGAGAGCAUUAUAGGGCAGAAAACAAAUUAAAAUGAAACAUUAUUAUAGCCAUGCAUUGACCAUUAAAUGCAUUUUUAUAUCUCAGCAGAAUGAGAUUUGAAACUCAUUAGUUUAACUAUUAAAACAUAGUGUUGUUAAACAGUAUUUUUGGGGGGGAUGGGUGAAUAGCUUUUUGUUCUAUCUUGUACAGAAAACAGUAAUGGAAUCACUUAUGUUCAGAACCUUGUAAAUAUGUCUGUAAUAUUAAUGCUUCCCUUUAUUAAGACAAAUAUACAUUCAAAAAGGGAGAUUUUAUUUAGACACACGUUUUCUUUCACCCUAAUCUAUUUAGAUUCAUACUUUUUGCGACAGGAAAAACUCACUGUAAAAUAAUGCCAACGUAGAUAAUGCUAUAAUAAAUUAUUUUGUACACAGUUGCUUA